AUGAAAAGGUGUCCUGCCAGAUGUGUCGAGAUUGCCAGUGAAUUGAUGGUGCAGCUAGACAAGGUCAAGGCCGCUACGCCGCCGCCCACCGUCAAAGACAAGGACAAGAAGGACAAGAAAUCAGGCAACGAGCAUGCUGAGGACAAGCGCCCCGAUUCGGCCCAUCACCCGCGACCACAUCCUCGGAGAUGCGAGGUCAUAGACGCCCGUCUCAAGAGCAUCUGUGCUGGCUUGCUGGAAUCGGUCAACCCGCAGUACUCGGAAAUCGCACCCGAUGCCAAGGUCGUGUUCCUCCACCGGACAGUCUACGACUGGAUCUCGAAGCCGCGCGUGUGGGAGGGCAUCAUACGGCACACUGCGGGGUCAGGCUUCAGUCCCAACCUCUGCAUGCUCAGGUCGUGCGUCUUACAGCUGAAAACAUUCGACUCGAGCGGGAACCCACGGGAAAUGACUGUGGUCGCCGACGCUCUGGCGUACGCCCGCGCAGCCGAGGCAGAUCUAAAUUGUGGAUUUCCAAAGCUCCUCGAUCAGCUCCAUGUCGCAAACCUGAGCAACGAGUUGAGCUUCUUCAAGGACGCGGACUUGGAUGGCGAUGAAGAAGAUGACAUGGUCGGUCGCACAAAACGGAUCAAAGGGGGGUUGGAGGCCGUGGUCUAUGAGAACCGUCUCCAGCAUUGGUCUUGCGGGGUCGAGGUACCCGACAUCAAGACGAGUGGCGGGUCUCGCACAUUCUUCGACCUCGUAAGAGGACUGUGA